AAGUAAAGACACAGAAAAACUGUCGAUGCUUUUCCCCGAUGACAACGAUGGCGAUCAACAACGGGAAUAUACUGGACCGUCGCACCGAUGAGAACAUAGCAUGUGUGACGGAAAACGAUGACACUCAGUCGAAAACUCCCGGCAUCCCUUUAUCCAGAAAACUCUGCUAUGCCAUUGGAGGAAUGCCUUAUCAAAUGACUGGAACCACUAAGGGCUUUUUCAUGCAGAUAUUUUUACUGGAUGUUGUGAAGAUGGGAGGUUUUUCUGCAUCCAUCAUUCUCUUCCUUGGUCGAGCUUGGGAUGCCAUUUCGGAUCCUCUGAUUGGAUAUGCUGUGAGUAAGAGUGGCCGGACCAGAAUUGGCAAACUUAUUCCUUGGAUUGUGUUCACAAUGCCACUUGGGGUCCUAUCAUACGUUAUGCUCUGGUAUACCCCACAGGACACCAUGUCCCCUGCCUUCAGUUUCGGCUGGUACUUCACAUGGUGCUGUCUGUUUGACACCUUCAUGAGUUGCUACCAUGUGCCAUAUUCUUCCCUAAACAUGUUUCUGGGAGGGAAUGAGAAGGAUCGAGACUCAGCCACUGGUUACAGAAUGGGCAUGGAAGUGUUCGCUACCCUGGCGGGAGCUGCCAUUCAGGGUCAGAUAGUUGGGGUGCACCAUGCCAAGAGGACACAAGUCUGCAGUUUACUGAAUGGCACGGAAGGGUCUUCUGGGAACCACACAGACUCACUGGAUGACAUAUCUGACACUCUACAAAAUACAAGAAGAGCCUAUUUGACUGGAGCAUUAGUAAUAGGAAUGCUGUACUUCCUGUGCUGCCUCGUGCUUUUUCUUGGAGUUAAGGAGCAGUUGGCCCCUCUAAGUAAACUGGACAGCAUAAAUAUCCCCUAUCUAACUGGAAUGAAGAUGGUGGUGAGACACACUCCAUAUGUGUGGCUUGUAUUUGGCUUCCUAUUUGCUUCACUUGCCUUCCAGAUGGCUCAGGGGAAUUUUGCCCUCUUCUGUACUCAUGCAGCGAAUAUGGGAGCAUAUUUCCAGCAUCUUGUGCUCGUACUAUUGACAUCAGCUACAAUAUCCAUCCCAAUGUGGCAGACACUACUGGUCAAAAAAGGCAAAAAGACCACCAUAUUCAUCGGCCUAUCAGUAUAUAUCCCAGCUCUAAUUGUGAUUUCUCUAGUGAAAAGUAAUUUACCCGUCUUCAUUAUUAUGUCCAUGUUAUCUGGCACAAGUCUGGCAGCCCUCUAUCUACUCCCUUGGUCAAUGUUGCCCGAUGUAGUGGACGACUUCAAAGUCAAGAACCCAUCAUGCCAGGAUCUAGAACCAUUGUUCUACUCCUGCUACGUUUUCUUCAACAAAUUUGGAGGAGGCAUGUCUGUUGGAGUCUCUACUUUGGUGCUACACUUUGCAGGAUACAAGCCUGGUGCUUGUAAACACAAUCCAGAGGUCAUAUACUCGCUGCGAGUGCUCUUCGCUCCGGUGCCAAUCUGCCUGCUGCUCAUCAGUUUGGUGAUUUUUUGUUUCUAUCCCAUCAAUGAAGAGCGACGGAGGAAAAUCCAGGCCACAUUACGGAAAGCAGGGACAGAGGCCAGCAUGAAAGGAGAAGAAGAACUGAGCCUGUGAUGUAAUCACUCACUAUGUCACAUUUUAUUACUCAUAAGGAUUUGAUUACUUUUGUAACGUUCACAGGUCCUGGAUCUUUUAAUAAUGAAUGUUUUGUUUUCAUCAUGCAUGGUGAAUGUUUCUUAAUACUUCUCUGAAGGGAUUCCAAAGCCAUUUAGGAAUUACACUAAUCUUGUUACACCCGAGUUAAAUAAAGGAGAUAUUCAAAUCAUGCAGUUCUGUGGGGCCUCAAGACCAGAAUUGAGGAACUUUAGUGGUCUAAAAGGUGCAGCGUGUAAUUUCUGCACCAUAUCCAGACAGAUAUGUUGCAUAUCACUGGUUGCAAUGAUGUUGCUGUGUGUAAAGUCUUUACACUUUUCAGAGAAAUUUAUAUAUGUAGGGCAAAAAGUUCCCGAAAUAAUCCGAUAUGUACAGCUCCAUCUUUUUUUCUCUGCACUUACAAUUUUGGCAAAAUUCUCUCACUAACUCAGUUUUGCAAGCACGAGGGGAAGGCAGGUCUUGUAGCCAAUAAAAUGACUCUCCAUUUACUCUUAUCUGAUUGCUUCAAUAAACACAUCAUACACCAAGACAUUUAUCUUCAUUUAGUUACUACCGGAAUGGUACUUUUAACAUGCACAUACAGUAUAAAAAUAAAUAAAAUAAAUAAUAAGAACUUAAUUAAAGCAUGUUCCUUCGAUAAGCUGUGUUCCUUAGGCUAAACUUCCAUGUGUUCAUACUGAAUUGCGAGCUGGUGUUAACAUUAUUUGGUUUGUUUUGGCUUUACCUUGAAAUUUGAUGAUCUGCUUACACCACUGAUGUUAAACUUUAUAAUAAGAAACAUUUUUAUGUGACAGUGCUCAAGACUAUGGUAUCAGAGUGCUAUUCUGUGUAUUCUUUUACCGUGCCAAUAA